AUGGCUGUGCAAGUGCAGCUGCUCCCAGGAAGUUUUGUUCGCGGUCCGCAUUACGCACACAAGCCCCCAGUUUCUACUAGGAGAAUCUUGGGACUUUCUGAAGUCCUGUCAGGUUGUUUUGUCGGCUCUGCUGCAGUUGCAGCCCUUGGACGUCAAUCGUUCACAAGUCGAGCUGCAAGGGGCAACAGACAGAAACCCAAGAAGAAAAGAAUAAAAACCCACUACGGCCCCAAAAAACUGAAAAGUGGCUACUGGCAAGAGGAUUUGGAGAUAGAUGAUGACAUUGAUGUGUUUGAAUGGUUCAAUGCAGAAGAACUGCUUGAUGAUCCACCUGUGGCAGUGACUGACAUGAAAGAGGUGGCCAAAUUUACAAUUUAUCCAGAUUCUGAGCCUCAAACAUAUGAUGCUCCUGAGUACAGGCCGCCACCUCCCAAAUUACAACUAGCCAAAGGAUUGAAAAUGCCACCGCUUCUCGACCAGUGCCCCGGCAGAUCCUUCACAGCGGACCUGCAGAGUCAAGUAGCCGAGUUUGGAAAAGGUUUUUCAAUGGAAAAUGUUGAUGUUGUGAUCAGUUUUCAGGCCCUUUGCACGAUGUUGGCUUUCGUAGAUGGAACGCUGACAGAAGACAUGCGAGCCAAAGGCUUGAACACUCGCCGAGGGAAUGAACCGCAACGAGUUGAUCUUUUUCGUGUAGGUCGAUUACCAGAUGCCCCAGAUGCAAUUUCAAUAGGGACAGUUUGGAACUGGGUACCAGAGAAUGCCACAGCAGGAAGUGCCAAUUUCAACAAAAGAUCGUAUGAUGUCAAUUUUCAAUAUGUCGUCACCGGCAGGGAGACAAUUGGUGGGCCGCCUUCCAUUCGGGAAGUGAAUGACCCAGACCAUUACCGCAUUCUGUGUUAUUCACUGGGUGACCUCAAUGUUCUGGUUCGGGCCCCACUGGCAUGCACCAUGCCCACAAUUGAUGACAGCUGCAUGCCAAACCCAGGCAUGGCAGUUCAAUGUUCAACUGCAAACGAAAGAGAUGCCGGAGAUCUUUGGGGCCAAAACUUGGCAUCGAAAUUUGCAGAGAUGAAACUUGGUGAUGUGGGGAUGAUUGUGCGUGGUAUUGUGGACAAAGGCUUCCUCAUUGACGUGCAAGAGCUCACACAAGAGGACUUGAAACUCGAUCGGUUUGGCAAAGAUUCGCUGGAGGAGGAGGCUGAGGUUUUGACUGGACGGGUGGCAGGCCUUCUAAAGCGCAUCAAAGAUGUCGCCGGAUGUCCUGGCUGUGCUGACCGCGUCCUCUACUUGCAAUACUGCGAUGGUGAGCUGCGAGUCAUUUUGCCUUGGUCAGAUGAAGAGCUCGCAGAGCUUGAAAACUUCCGUGAUGUGACUGAUAAAGAGGUCGAGGAGCUGGUGUUUGGCCCAGUCCAAGGGUUCAGGAAGUUGUGCCACGCUGUGAUGAAUGCAGCUGAAAAGGCUCUUUUCUCAGGUCAUGCCUUCACUGCGGCUCAAACAUUUGUUGCCGGAGUUAGCCGCCCUACAAAGAAGAGAGAGUUGACUUCAGACAUCGGUCGCAAAGAUUUCGGCUUUGCCCAUGAAGAAUUUGAUGCCGAAUCCGGAUUCUACGAAGGAACUUUCAAAGUGAAACUGCGGAAUGGUUGCGGCGUCCUGGUGGAGGCCAACUCGGGUGCAUCAUACACGGGUCAAUUUCUGCACGAAAGGCGGAACGGGCAUGGUCUGCAGAAAUGGCCAGGUCAGAGUUCUUAUGACGGCGACUGGGAGCAUGGUGAAAAACAUGGGAAGGGAAUUUACACAUCAAGUACCAGCACCUAUGAUGGAAAGUGGGCAGAAGGUCUGAGGCAUGGAGUUGGGAAGCAGCUCUACCACAACGGUGAUGAGUAUUCAGGUGCUUGGUUCAAGGGUCAGUGCAGUGGCCCAGGAGUGUACUAUCAUGCUGACGGGUCUGAAUUUCAUGGUGCAUGGGCCUCUGGCAAACGCCAUGGCGCCGGCAUGUGGUUCGGACCAAAGAAUCAGAAGGAACAACACCUUUACAAAUAUGGGGUCUUGGUUGAGAGGAAAAUCCUUGAACCAGGUUCCAAGCCACCGCGUGGGCAGCGAGCCAUACAACCGAUGCAUUCAGACCGAGAGGUGGCAACUCAGAAGCAGAUAAAUAUGUUGAAAGAGACAGUGUUUGACUCCGUACCCUACCUUGGGCACCUGUCGGUGAAGGACUCUACAAUAAUGGAUUUGUCAGCUCCAUCCAUCAGACGUCAACAAGCUGCGGCAAACGUGGCAGAGAUGAAAAUUGGCCUGUGGCCAUUUGACAAAAACGCCACAGAGUGUGUCACUUGGGCGCUGGGUGCUGACUGUGGUAUCAAGGAAUACGCUAAGCCGCUGCAGCGUGGAAGCUUCGCCAUGAUGGCACUGACGCUGCCAAUGAAAUGGCAGGUAUUUCAAAGCAAUGAGAUGUGCUGCGACAAGACUUGUGCCCUGGUCAAGUGCCAAACAGGCUUUAAGAACAAAGGUGAGAAAGCCCUCGCAUUGACCCAUGAUGAAUGCUGCGAUAUGACCUGUGCAGCUUUUACUUGUAGUGGAAACUGGAGUCAGCUUGCCAGAGACCUGUAUUUUGUCCAAUGCGUUCCCCUCAAACCAUUUCCUGUAGACGAGGCCGCGCCAGCUGUUCCUGAUCCUGUUGCUCCAGUGACUCCUGCACCUACCACUCCUGCUCCGGUUGUCCCCACCUGUUCUACUUGGAAAUGCCCUUCCGACUCUGUGGUGCCCAAGAGCAAGCUCGAGCUGCCGGAUCCAGAUGAUGCCACAUGCUGUGACAAAAAGUUGUGCAGAGAUUUCGACUGUAUACCUGGCUGGAGACGCAAUACCGGUGCGAAUGAUUCGCCAGGAGAUUCCAAAGAAGAGUGCUGCACUGCAACUUGUCAAGCCUACCACUGUGACUUAAAAGAAGGGUGGACCAGCAACCCAGACCGUUCUCAUUUCCUGGUGAGUGAUGCUGAGACUUGCUGCUUGCAAACUUGUAGCCGGCACAAGUGCAGCGAGAAUUGGGUGCCGAAGGCAAAGCAGGAUAAAGCAGGUGAAACAGACCUGGAAUGUUGCGACAAGACUUGCCAGUUGCAUUUCUGCGACGAGUCAGCUGGUUGGAAGACCAACGUCCGAGCAGCAUCUGUGGCAGCGAAUGAUGAUAUCAGUUGCUGCACCUCAACUUGCAAGCGUCAUUCCUGUGGCCCCGGGUGGGUCCUCGACCAGGCCAAGCUUGACGAGGAGAAAGAUACAGAUGAAGAGUGCUGCAAACCAACGUGCAGUCAGCAUAAGUGUGAUGCCUCUGCUGGCUGGGCGGAGGAUCCAGCGGCUUCCAACAGAGUGGGCAGCAGCAACUCUGUUUGCUGCCUCCCUACUUGCAGCCAACGCAAAUGUGGAGAAGGUUGGGUUCCGAACAAGCUCAAGGCAAAUGAUGCUGGAGCAUCAGAUGAGGAAUGCUGCCUUAAGACGUGCAAACUACAUACUUGCAACGCUGCGACCCAAUUGAUCAAGAAGCCAAACAUUGAUGAAGUGCCUGGAGCUACAGAUGAAGAAUGCUGCGAAAGCGAAAGCUGUAAGAAGUGGCCUGAUGUAUUUCAAGAAGCCAAAGCUGGAUGCAAUCAGACCAGUAUUCAUGAUGAUUGUAACAACAUGUUCGAAAAGUCCACUGAAGAUGGCCUCAGCAUUUUUAAGCGAUGUGGCUAUUUGCUUGUGUCAGGCCAAGUUUACAGGUGUGGCUUGGUUGGUAGCCCUGUCCAGUGUAGCCCAGCUUAG